AUGACAAGAUGGGCAGAAUCACGACCCUGGCAGUACAUCCUAACCAGGGGAGAGUAUCCCGAUUACCAGCGCUGGCUGGGCUUCAAUGACUCCAUCAGGUCUUGCCGUAUGGUCCAAAAUGUAAGUCAUUCCUCGUACUUGUGCUUUUACCGUAUUCGUCUAUACAAGCGUCCUGAAUUCUUUGAGCAGCCUAACUAUAGGGGACAACAGUAUUUGUUGGAGAGAGGCGAGUACCGUAGCUACACUGACUGGAAUGCCAUGCAUCCCACUGUCGACUCCAUCCGUCAUGUUCAGGAGUUUUAG